GUGUAACGCAUAAAACGCCACAAACUGCAGCAAGACAUAUUCACUCAAGGGCAGCAAGGCAAUGGGGAGAGUCGCUUUGAUUUUGUGUAGUUUGAUUGGAGCAAACCUAAUCCCAGCGAGAGGAAACGAUGGACCUGUUGUGCAGACUAAAUUGGGAGCUCUAAAAGGCGCUUCCUCGACUGCUAAUGGGAAGCACACCGUCAUUUAUAGCUACCUGGGUGUGCCAUUUGCAAAGCCACCAGUGGGUCCUUUGAGACUGGCACCACCACAACCUACAGAAGCAUGGGACGGAGUGAGAGACGCCACAAAGCAGCCGUACAUAUGUUUGCAAGACAAACAGCUGUAUGAAGAUAUGUUAGAAAAGUUUUGCAUGGUCAUGGAACUUCCUGAGGUGUCAGAGGACUGCCUUUACCUAAACAUUUACACACCUUCUAAGCCUGGUGAAUUUGCCAAGUUACCUGUUAUGUUUUGGAUCCAUGGUGGUGGAUUAUUUCUAGGCUCAGCGUCAUCUGAUGGACAAGUAUUGGCAGCCUAUCAGAAUGUUGUUGUAGUGCUAAUCCAGUACAGGCUUGGUUUGCUUGGAUUUUUCAGCACAGGGGAUGAACACGCCCCAGGAAACUAUGGUCUCCUUGACCAGGUAGCCGCUCUGCAGUGGGUCCAGGAGAACAUCCACAGCUUUGGAGGAGAUCCUGGAUCAGUAACAAUCUUUGGCGAGUCUGCAGGAGGUGUUAGUGUGUCUUUGCAGAUUCUGUCACCUCUGUCUGCUGGUCUCUACCGCUAUGCAAUAGCAGAGAGUGGUACUGCUGCCAUGGAAGCUAUCAUGACCACCAACCCUUUACCAGUAGCGCAGUCUCUGGCUAAUGCGUCUGGCUGUGACUGGUCCAGCACAAAGAAGAUUGUUGACUGUGUUAUGAAGUUGACACAGGACGACCUUUUGAAGAUUGCCAAACAGCGUGGACCGUUUUCUGCAGUGACAAGGGAUGGACAUUUCCUUCCUAAAUCUGUGGAGGAGCUUUUGCAGAACAAAGAAUUCAUCAAAGUACCAAUGAUUACUGGGGUGACGGAUGAUGAGGGAGGCUAUGCACUCCUUGAUUUCUUUGCACCUCCUGGGUGGAUUGAUGGAAUGGACAGAGAGGAAGUCAUGUCUUUAAUGCCAUUCAUUUCUCCUCAUCUCACUGAGAAAUGGGUUCAAGAAUUAGUGGUAAAUGAGUACCUGGAUACUACGGAUGACAGAAUCAAAGUCCGAGAUGCUUUCAGGGAGAUGUAUGGGGAUUUGAUGUUCAACAUUCCAGCACGCAAAGUGGCAAAAUAUCACAAAGAUUCUGGAGCACCAGUAUAUAUGUAUGAGUUCCAGCAUACCUUCAAUGAGAUGCAGAAAAAGGUACCUAAAUUUGUUGGAAGUGACCACGCAGCUGAAAUCUUCUUUGUCUUCGGCAACUGCUUUGCCAAUGCCCAUGUUAAGAUUGCUGGUGAAUUCACAGAGAAAGAAAAUGAGCUGUGCAGAACUAUGAUGUCCUACUGGGGAAACUUUGCUCGUACUGGGUCUCCGAACGGGCCAGGCCUGACCCCAUGGCCUGAGCAUGGAACGGAAGCUGAGUAUCUGGGCAUUGGGCUGGAACAGAAACCUGGCAAGAACCUGAAAGGAAAGCACUAUGAGUUCAUAACAGAGAUCCUACCACGGAUAAUACGUGAGAAAAAGAAUGGACCUGUUGUGCAGACUAAAUUGGGAGCUCUAAAAGGCGCUUACUCGACCGCUAAAGGGAAGCACACCGUCAUUUAUAGCUACCUGGGUGUGCCAUUUGCAAAGCCACCAGUGGGUCCUUUGAGACUGGCACCACCACAACCUACAGAAGCAUGGGACGGAGUGAGAGACGCCACAAAGCAGCCGUACAUGUGUAUACAAAAUAUGCAAGAAACUAUGUCCAUUUUUGGCAAUUUAUCAAUAAGUGUGGAAUUUCCUGAGGUGUCAGAAGACUGCCUUUAUCUCAACAUUUAUACUCCAGCAAAACCUAGCGAAUAUGCUAACCUGCCAGUCCUGGUUUGGAUCCAUGGUGGAGGAUUUAGCUUGGGCUCUGCCUCAAUAUUUGAUGGGUCAGUUCUGUCUGCAUAUGAGAAUGUGGUGGUUGUGUUGAUCCAGUACAGACUGGGUCUGCUGGGAUUCUUUAGUACAGGGGAUGAACACGCCCCAGGAAACUAUGGUCUCCUUGACCAGGUAGCCGCUCUGCAGUGGGUCCAGGAGAACAUCCACAGCUUUGGAGGAGAUUCUGGAUCAGUAACAAUCUUUGGCGAGUCUGCAGGUGGAAUCAGUGUGUCCCUUUUGCUGCUAUCUCCAUUGUCUGCUGGUCUAUUCCAUCGUGCAAUUGCAGAGAGUGGUUGUGCUUUAAUGCAAGGCAUUGUGAAAGAUCCCUUACCAGUAGCUCAGCAAGCAGCUAACAUGUCAGGCUGUGACACCAGCAGCACAAAGAUGAUCGCUGAGUGUGCAAGGAACUGGUCCACUGAGCAUGUGCUGAAAUUUUCCACAGAGCUCAUGAUGCUGCAAUUUGCAGUGACAGAAGAUAAAAACUUCCUUCCCAAGCCUGUGGAGGAGCUUCUUCACAACCAGGAGUUCAGCAAAGUUCCACUCAUUACCGGUGUGAAUAAUGAUGAAUUUGGUUGGUUAUUGCCCAAUUAUUUUGCACCUCCAGGAUGGGUGGAUGGCAUGGAUAGAGAGCAACUCACAUCAUUAAUUGGAGCUUUUAGCUCUGAUCUGGCCUCUCAGCUGCUGGUAGAUGAGUACCUGGGCUCCUCUGUUGACCGGAUCAAAGUUCGUGAUACUUACAAAGAGAUUAUGGGAGACAUUGUGUUUACCAUACCAGCUCUCACAGUGGCAAAACUUCAUAAAGCUGCUGGUGUCCCAGUUUACCUGUAUGAGUUCCAGCAUCCCCCCAGCCUUCUUCAGGCCAGCAGGCCCAGCUUCGUCAAAAGUGACCAUGCAGAUGAACUUCUCUUCAUUUUCGGCAGCUGCUUUGGGAACAGCCACAUGAAGUUCAGUGCCCCAUGUACAGAGGAAGAGAAGGAACUGUGCAGAGCAAUGAUGGCCUACUGGGGGAACUUUGCUCGUACUGGGUCCCCGAAUGGGCCAGGCCUGACCAUAUGGCCUGAGCAUGGAGCGGAAACUGAGUAUCUGGCCAUUGGGCUGAAACAGAAACCUGGCAAGAACCUGAAGGCCAAGCGUUACCUCUUCAUGACUGAGAAACUUCCGGAGCUGAUGCGUUCAGCUCAAGAGAAGCAGGAGCACACCGAGUUGUAAACAAAGCCAUGGCUUCAUUGAAGAGUUAAGAAUACAGAGCUAAAGAAUAGUUAAAUGUGAUUGAACUUCCUGUUUUAGGAAGUAAUACUGGGCAACCUGUGAAUUAUUAUAAAUAAAUAAUCUGAUUAAAUUACCUGAAUUAGAAAUAAA